CAGGACGAAGUCCACAGAGAUAGAGCAGGCCUAAGGACAGGUCAGCUAGCACACACCAGCUCUUCCCUAUCAGAAAGAAAAGUUUAAUCUAAGGACUAAAUUUUAUGUGUAUAUAUAUAUAUAUAUAUAUAUGUAAAGGGAAAAUAACACUGGAGUGCUGAACUCUUCAAGAUGGAAACAACAUCCUCACUGAUUAAGUCUGUGUCUCGGCGUGUAUGGUCAGCACCUCAGAGGCCUUUUAGAGUUUGCUUGUGGAACAGAGAGAUCAGGAAGGGGCUCACUGCAUCGACCUUAAAGGAGCUGAAAGACAGGGCAGCCCACACUCUGCUCAUUUCUACCCUGCUGUCUCUGGUGUGUGAGGAAGAUGGCACUGAAGUGGACUCAGAUGAGUUUCUCAUGGCCCUGCCAGACAACACAGUGCUCAUGGCCUUGGAGCCAGGACAGACCUGGAGACCACAUCCUUUAGGCCAGAGAGGCAGCAGCAUCAAACCAGCUGACAACAAACCCCGCACUGGUCGUGACAUCGCUCGAGUGACCUUUGACCUUUAUCGUCUGAACCCUAAGGAUAUUUUUGGCUCUCUAAGUGUGAAGGCCACAUUCCAGGGUCUGUACUCGGUCAGCGCUGACUUCCAAUGCCUGGGGCCGAAGAAGGUGCUCAGAGAGGCCCUCAGAAUGAUCUCCACCAUACUCCAUGCAGCAGGUCACAUGUUAAUCACGUCUGCCACCGUGAUUCGCCGAAUCAUACAGGGAGCGGACUUCCUGCAAGCUCACGGUGCUCGUGAGAUUCAGACAGAAUACUGGAACUGACUUGCUGUGUGAUCAGGAAAAAAAGAAAAAAACGUCUCUUGCUUUGUGAAAUGCAAUUCAUAUUAACAAUUAUUACAGUGUUCUUUGUUUUCUGUUGUUCUCUCAUGGCCAUUCAGCCAUGACAAUACAGAAUGCAUUAUUAACGGGAAACAGGAACAGGUUUAUUUAAUCAGUGUGCAGAUCUGUGAAAUGGGACUAUGUAAACGCAAAUAAUUUAAAUUGUAUUUAUAUGAUUGUAGAUGUCUGUAAAUGAUGGCUGCACAAUAUUCUGCGGUGUUAAUCAUUAUUAUAAUAUUGGUCUGUGUGAUACUGAUAUCAAAAAGGCCUGCAAUAUGUAAAUGAGUUCUCUAACAAACUGUAUGUUUUUUUUAUUGGUGUUUUGGGUUAAUAAAAAAAUAUUUCUCGGUCAGUCUGUAACUCUGACACAUCACA